AAUUGGGUAUUGCUGGAAACUCCCCCAAGCUCUGAAGUUUAAACACUCCCUGGGAACCCGAGUGUGUUGGGUGGAGGCUGAGUUAAGGCCAGAAGGGAAGCAGGAGCUCAGAAGCAUGUCGGGGAAGCCCAGGCUUACCUACUUGGAUGGAAGGGGGCGGAUGGAGUCCAUACGAUGGCUGUUGGCAGCAGCUGGUGUGGAGUUUGAAGAAGUUUAUCUGGAAACUAGAGAGCAAUAUGAAAAGUUAAUCAAAGAUGGACACCUGAUGUUCCAUCAAGUGCCGCUGGUUGAGAUGGAUGGAAUGAAGCUGGUGCAGACCAGAGCCAUCAUGAGCUACAUAGCAGGGAAAUACAAUCUCCAUGGGAAAGACUUGAAGGAGAGAGCCCUGAUUGACAUGUAUGUGGAAGGAAUAACAGAUCUGAUGCAAAUGAUUUUGGUGUUUCCUUUCUCUCCACCUGAGGCAAAAGAGAAAAAUCUUGACUCACUUAAGGACAGGGCAAUUAACAGAUAUUUCCCAGUCUUUGAAAAGGUUUUGAAACAACAUGGCCAAGACUUUCUUGUGGGCAACAAAAUGAGCUGGGCAGAUGUUCAGCUAAUUGAAGCUAUAUUAGCAGUGGAGGAGAAAAUACCUGCUGUGCUGUCGGGGUUUCCUCAGUUGCAGGCUUUUAAAAAAAGAAUGAGCAAUGUUCCUACAAUUAAGAAGUUCCUGCAACCUGGCAGCCCAAGGAAACCCCCGCCAGAUGAACGUUACGUAGCAACUGUGAAGAGGGUGUUCAAGAUGUAAAUGCUUUCUUACCUUCUGUGAGACCCAAAAUACUGAAUCACUCACUUGCCCCAAAAGAACCCAAACCAAAGGAAGUAGGAAGCUCAGUAAAUGAGUAUCACUGUAGUUAAAAACAACAUUGAAAAAAACAAAACAAAACAAAAUCAUAACAAAAAUAAAGCAUUCUUAUUACUUUGGCAAUGUAA